AUAUUCAAACGGGAGUAAACAUCAGAAGAACAAGGAGGAGAAGAAAAUGGCGAGCAGCAAAUUGGACGAGCCGAUUGGAAUACUGUUGGAUCCAGAAACGGAGUUUCUGGCGUCGAAGGAAGAGACGGGUAACGAGUGGGAACUCUUCAAAGAAAACGUCCGCCCUCUGAAGCGCGGCCGUAACGUCCGUCUCCUCAACCAUGCCCUAAAAUCGAACUCCCAAUCCCAACUCAAGAAUUCGCUUCUUUACAAUCGAAGGAAGUUGAUUGAGGCCAUUGACGAGUACAGUGGAGACGACCCUCUUCAGCCGUGGAUCGAGUGCAUCAAAUGGGUCCAGGAGGCUUUUCCUCCCGGCGGUGACUGCUCGGGAUUAGUCGUGAUUUAUGAACAAUGCGUGCGGACUUUUUGGCAUGAAGACCGUUACAAGGAUGAUCUUCGCUACCUCAAAGUUUGGUUGGAAUAUGCUGAAAAUUGUGUUGAUGCUGAGGUCAUCUACAACUUUUUGGAGGCAAACAAAAUCGGAGUGACGCAUGCGUCGUUCUACGUCUCCUAUGCCCUGCACAUGGAACACAAGAAUAAAAAUAAAACCGCGAACGAGAUCUUCAAUCGUGGCCUAUCCAUGAAGGCUCAGCCAGUCGAAAAAUUGACAGCAGCCUUCCAGAAGUUUCUAGCUCGUACAAUGAGACAACCGAAAGCUACAGAUGAGGAUAUGACAGAGAACCACUUGCCAGCUAGAAGCUUCGGAACUGUGUUAACUAAACAAACACGAAACCAAACUUCAGACAGUUCUGAUAUUUUCAGGAAAAAACUGAAACCUGAUAGGGCUCAUGGAACUGCAUUGUCCAUUUUUAAAGACAGUGGCAGUAGUUCACAAUUGGAUCAUCAUUCGGAAAUGUCAAAGUUAGACGUAAAGCCAUGGCACUCACUCGGUGCUCGAGCAGAACGAAAUAAAGAGAAUAAUGCAAUUCCUUCCAAGUGGACAUCAAAUAAAAUUCCUCAAAGACCUGGUCAAAGAGUACGAAGACCGCCUUCGGGCCCGUCCAUUGAGAUCUUUGUCGAUGAGGAAUCCCCAAUACAACAAAAGCAAGACGAGGGAGAAAAGUCAUCAGUUCUGCAGCUCAGGCCUGGGGAUGGUAGAGAUAUUAAGAACGAAACGGAACUACUGAAGGAGAAUCCGUUGCGCAAUUUUCCACCAAGUAGUCUUCCCAGAUAAUUUAUAGCUAUUUUUUUCAUGUAAUCUUUGUAUUCUUUUGUAUUUGGUAUGAUCAGCUUUACCACUCCAAAGCCUGAUCUGUGUUGCUGUUGUGUUUGUUAAGUGUGAGAACAUUUUCUUGUGUUUUUAUAAAUUUCAAAAUCAUAAAA